CACCUAUGGAUUAGAUGCUCGAGCUUCGCAAGCCGCUCGUUCGCUUUGCUGCGUUGCAUGGCGUUUAACUGCUGAGAACAGCUGUAAUGUUGCUCUGACAUGCGUGCGACCGCUUGCGUACUGCCUGACGUUUAAGUAGCAGUCUCCAGACAAGUGGUGGACGAUGGAGGAUCACGGUGUGGAGAGUCUGGCAGAGGUGUUCCGCUGCUUCAUCUGCAUGGAACGGCUGCGGGAUGCCCAUCUGUGUCCCCAUUGUUCCAAGCUUUGCUGCUAUGCCUGCAUUCGACGCUGGCUGACGGAGCAACGGUCUCAGUGCCCGCACUGUCGCGCCUCCCUGCACCUGCACGAGCUGGUCAACUGCCGCUGGGUGGAGGAGGUCACUCAGCAGCUGGACACCCUCCAACUGAGCUCGGCAGCAGCCACGGCCACAACCACCGGGGAGGCGGCCAAGCCCGGCUCCCCCGAGCCACGUGACCAAGAGCGUUGUCAGCACCACAAGGGCGAGAAGCUGAGCGUCUACUGCUGGAACUGCCGCCUCUGCAUCUGCCACCAGUGUGCCCUCUGGGGCGGAACGCACUGUGGCCAUGUGUUCAAGCCCCUGGAGGAGGUGCACGCGCAGCAGGUGGCGGCCGUGCGGGAGCAGGUGGGUGCUCUGCGGCGCCGCCUCGUCCACCUGUUGGGGCUGGUGGCACAGGUGGAGCGCUCCGUUGAGGCUGUGCGGCAGGCCAAGGACCUGCGCGUCCACGAGAUACGCAACGCCGUCGAGCACAUGAUCGCACGCCUGGAUGCACAGCUCAAGGGGCGCCUGCUCUCGCUAGUUGCUCAGAAGAAUGCCCUCACCCAGGAGACGGAACAGCUGGAGCAGCUGCUUCAGGCCGCCGAAGCGCAGCUCAGCUCGUGCUCGCGCUCGGAGCUCAUAGCCCGCUCGCCCGAGAUAGUGCGUCGGCUGGGGGAGCUGCUGCAGCGGCAGCCUCCCUGCUCUCCCCCGCUGCUGCUGCUGCCCGGGGGUGGCCAGGAGUUCCCUUCGGAGAUGGUGCCUCCGUACGAGUCGAGCGCCUUUUUGUUGCGCAACUUCUCGGUGCUGCAGCAGCGUGCCGACCCCGUCUACAGCCGGCCCCUCACCACCUCGGGGCUCACGUGGAGGCUCAAGGUGUAUCCGGAUGGAAAUGGUGUUGUGAGGGGAAACUACCUGUCUGUCUUUCUGGAACUUACAGCUGGUCUGCCAGAGACAUCCAAGUACGAGUACCGCGUGGAGAUGAGCCACCAGGGAGGUGAUCCGAGCAAGAACAUAGUGCGUGAGUUUGCCUCAGACUUUGAGGUAGGCGAGUGCUGGGGCUACAACCGCUUCUUCCGCCUCGACCUCCUCGCCUCCGAGGGCUACCUCAGCGGAGACACCCUUCUGCUGCGCUUCGAGGUGCGGCCACCCACCUUCUUCCACAAGUGUCGGGAUCAGCAGUGGUACCUGGCACAGCUGCAGGCACAACAGGCCCAGCUGAUGCAGCAGGUGCAACAGCUCAAGGAGAGGCUGACUGCUGAAAUAGCGAAGAACGAGGCGAGCUCCUACACCUCGGAGAAUGCUGCGGAACAGCCGGGCAGCACAGCCGAGUGUGCUGGUCCGAGUCGGACGGUGGAGCCGGACUCGCCCCAAUCGGAUCUCCUGCCUGCGAGCCCCCAGCGACAGCAGAGCACCUCCCUCGGGGCCACAGCUGCCAGCAGCAGCAGUGGCAGCCUGGAGCAGCAGAUUGCAGCCAACCUGGCCGCAUCUGUGGACACGCUCACAGCAGAGCUUUUGCAGUCUGGCCCACAGAAAGACGUCUCUUGCCGUUCCAAAUCGGUGUGUAGCAGGCAACGGUGGGCAUCGCGUGGCCUCGGAGACUCGUGCGAUGCCGACUCUUCGGGCACCGAGAGCAGCGAGUGUGCCAGUGAAGGUGAGGUGGAUGGCAGGGUCACUAGGCUUCAGGGAGGAUCAGGCGUCGGUUCCACCUUGGAUGAAAACGACAUUGACGAGGAGACCAUGUCCGGCGAUCGAGAUGUAGAACAUCAGCAUGGCUCCCGACACAGUGCCAGUGGCGGAAGCAGUGGUGCCAGUGGCAGCUGCUGUCACUGGUGGAAUCUUGGUGCCACGGGCAGCAGUGGAUCCGCAGCCGGAUCCAUGGCCGACCCUAGCCGGGAGGGCUGCUCGUCGGCUGCUGCAUCCCGUGAGGAAGACGACGAGUCUGUGCUCUUGCGCCUGCUCGAGCUGCAAGACCGCCGGGGUGUGGCAGCCGCUGCAACGCCGCUGCACCAGUGCCGUUCGAGCUGGAACCGUAAGGGAGCCUCUAAGGGCAAGCGGCGAUCUCGAGAGGGUUGUCGGCACCUGCUUCUGCUGUCAUUGCUGUCCAAGAGCGGGCACAGCCGGUCAGCCUCGGAGCCGGGGCCUUCGUCAUGCGAGAGCCAGGCAGCAGCCCCACUGGUGGAAGACAGCCCCCCGGAGAAGUCGGUGGCCACCAACUACUCGUCUGAGCUGGAGCCCAUCUCAGAGUUGCUGAACAACAGCCAGGAACUGUUUGCUGUUCCUGACGAGUCGUUUGCCGAGCUACCUCGCGUGACUUCGCCACAACAGCUGCUUGCUUGUGUCAGUGAUGUCUUACCAAGACAGUCAAAUCCAGAGCCAAAGCAAGCCAAGGACAGGAGGGGAUCGCAUGGAGAUGUCGCUGCUGCUUCAGGAACCGCUCGAGUGUCUACUCAGGGAAUAGCUGGCUGGCUUGCCACCCAGGACGGCCGUGGAUCUCCGUCCGCCUUCGUUGCUUCGUCGUCGGGACACCCGUCCAGCACGGCCCGUUCGCUGCCGGCUUCGCCGUCUCUUCACGGAGCUGCUGCCACGGCGGCAGCGACAGCUGUGGGAGUGGUGGCGGCGGCCGUGACCGGCGGCGGGAAGAGCCACGAAGGUGGCGCCAGCCGCACGACGACUUCCAAGCCUCACCACGACAGCACCCCCCAGUGAAAACAUUCCACUUGUUCCGGCACUCGCGUGUCAAAGCGUCACGCUUGCUGCCGUCGAGCCUGUUUGUUGCGCUAAUUCGUUUUCUUUUCUGUCACACCCGGUGUCGCGACAUGCUCUCGUGAAACGGCAGAAUUGGCCACUAGCGAAUCAACGGAUAAAUGUGUAGUGUGAGUGACCGGCCACCCAAUGCCUGCAAUCACUCUGAGGUAAUACUAGGUCACUCUGUACGCAGGCUGUCGAACUUUCAGCUGCGUGCAAUGCUCGUGAACGAGAUGUUGAGAGUCUGAUGUACCACGGAUACAUUGUGCUCAGGCCAGAAUGACGUAAGGAACUGCCGUCGUUUUGACGCAAAUAACAAUUCAUCUACUCGAUCGAAUGCUUGAACUGCACGCUGACCCUGCAAAUCCACAUUUGCUCGGAGAAAAACUUGAUGUUCCACAUUGGACCUCGGUGACUGUCGCAUGUGGCGUGCAUAAGUACGACGCGUUAUAAGAAUUACGGUUGAAUCUGCACUUCGAUGAUGGAGUGAAGUAGACAGAUCCAUUACGGAGCCAAACCGAUCCAAUAUACGAACAGUGGGAAAUGUUCAACCACUCUGAAUCGGCCAUUAUGCGACCGAUUCUCCUUUGCAAAGUGACGAGACAUGCGUCCAGUCAACUGGUUUAAUUUGCUGUAUGUUAAUUGAACUUCUACGUUGAGUUACAAUUGCAUUUUUUUUUCUUCCCCCGAGCAUUAAGCUGAUAUGUGACAGGCUAGCCAUUACGCAAUGCCAGUGCCACAUAAUGAGGACAAAAAGCUGAUGUUGCUUCACAGGGACAUUGAAGGUUACAUUGACUUCACCAUAGAGGGCUUAUUGGUAACAGCCAUCACGUGAUUUGCUGCUGUAACCAGGCAGCUUCGAUGCGUUAUGAUCCAGCCUCUCCGGCUGGCGUGACUUGUUAUUCAGAUUAGAACAGUAAGGAAGUGUGCGAUUGACGGAACACAAGAAGACACGCAAGGACAAGCGCAGUCCUGUGCACAGCAGAUAAAGCAAGCAAGUGAAUCUUGUGUCCGGGAUGAACAGUUGGAAUGGAAUCCAGUGAAAUACACUCAAACCUCGAUAUAACGAAUUAUCGGUUAUAACGAAGUAAACGAAGAAUAGCCUUGGUAAUGCACACAGUGGUUCGAAUAUACGUUUAUAACGAAUUUUCGGAUAUAACGAAGUUAUUUUCGUGUCAAAUGUGACUGUUAUAAUGAGGUUUAAGUGUAGGUGCGUUUAUGAAUGUGUGCAUAAAGCAUUAUCGUUUUUUGGAUGACUCAACUGCCUAUGUUUUUCAUAGUAGCCUGGAUUUCACAAUGUUGCCUUUGUUCAUUUGUGUGUGUAUGUUUGUUUUGGUGGGCUGUCUCAGUAGCACAGUGGAUGGAUCACCAACUGCUUAGAGAAAAGCCAAAGCAAUUGAGAGGCAGCUCGUGGGUUGCCUUUGUUUUUUUUUUUCUUGCAUGUACGUCCCUGUUUGUUUUGUUCAUACGUUUCAGUUUGUGUUCCAGUCAUUACCAUAAUAACGUAAAAAUAUACAUUCCUUGGCUAAAAUACUGCCAGAUUAUGUGUUUGUUUUACGUUGCAACGCUACGUUUAAGUAUAGUUUACGGAGAGCUGUCAAUAAUUGUACUAUAGAUUAAAUAAGACAUCCUUGUCUUUACUUCUGAGCAUCCUGUGAGCUUGUCUGGUGUGCUUUUUUCUAUGAGCAGAAGAAAGCUUUGCAGGAUUGUUUGGGGUAUGCCAUCUCUGCAUGCUUUUGUUGCUUGAUGAAAUACGAGCAGAACAUGAUUGGAGCACUUUUGAAUGUUGGCAAACUAUCGGAGGCUUUCUUGCGAGGAACUGCCGGGUUUAAAGGAGCCUCUGGCAGUCAUGUUUUCCUGUAGCUGUGGUUUACUGGAUGUGUGUGUGAAUAACAGGUGCUUGUGUAACGAGAGCUCAAAAACAGUGUCGUGUGAUGCAAAUGCUUGUGCUACUGCCGCAAGAUAGAACUGAAAAGGGAUGUCAAAUGUAGUGCCAACUACUGCCAUCUAGAAUCUAGGCGGUCACACUGGUGUCGGUUGCCAUCGUUGACAACUGGUUUACAAUCAGUGCGUCCGACGCUCAAAGUUUGAUACAGCUGCCUCGAGCGUUUUGAGAGUGGAUGUUGGAGUACCAGCAAGUAAUUUUUGCGACACGUGAGAAAAUUGCGUACAGCCAUAUUUUUGGAAGUGUGAAAGGUGUCUAUUUCAACAUCAUUGGAAUGUAUACAAGCAUGUUAGUCACGCAUUUGCAUGCUGUGUUGCAUAACUGUUAAAAAUAACUGGCUGGUGCAGUGAAAGGCUUACUAAGGUAUUUUGUGAAGCCCAAGAAUGAGCUAGGUUGUAGUGCUUCUGUGAACACGCUGAUGUGGCUUUGGUAGCUAGCUGCAAAAAAGAAAAAACCCAAAAGACAUAAAAGAAUUUUGUUUUCCAGUGGGGCACAGUUCUUGUAGCUAACUUACCAUGUUUUUCUUUUGCAUUCUAAGUUGCACUUGAACGCAAACAUUGACAGUUAACAUUAGGAACAAACUGAACGAUUCCCAAGAAGUCAUUCUAAAUGUUUGCAAAGAAGCUACUAUUCCACCACCUUUAUCAAAAGCAGUCACUGUUUGCUACUGACUGCUGUGUAGAUCUUUGUCAGGAAGUAAGUUUCAGUGUGUCUUCACUUACUGUGUGCAUUGCAGAGUAAAACGCACACUUCAGUAUUCACUGUGGAUGUAGUGAGAGUUGGGAUGUAUGUAUAUUAACACUGGAUUGAUGAGCCAGGUUACAUCAACGUAACUAUUUUCCUGGUUGCUUCGCAUUAAUAAUGCCAUUAGCUUUUGCUUAAGACAACACUUAGCACAUCUCUGUGCACUUACUACGACACUUACAUCCACAGCUAUUUGGCUGCAGGGACACUAUAGGAAAAAUGUGCAAUAUCCUGGAUGUGAUAACCCCUCCUUUCUUAAGGCACUUGUGAAUAUUUCCGAGUAUUCAAAAUGCUGAAGAAUGACAAGCAGUGAUGGAUAACUCCACUUUAACACUCGGGGCGUUCACAAUAUACAAUGCCACGGCAGUUAUGCAAGGAUAGGCUGAGUAUAUUAUGUAUCUUGUAAUGUCCUGGCAGUGUCCUUUUUACAGAAAGUAAAUAGCUGCAGCUUGCCUUUUGGGAGGCCAUUGCUUCAAGCUACUGCAGAGAUGGAACAUUUUAGGCACAGUUUGCAGAGAUGGUAUCUCAGCUGUACAGCGAUAGCUGCCAGUAUUGCAGACUGUGCUUUAAAACAUGAUGGGUAAAGCUAUGCUUCGAGUGAGCAUCUCUGUAAUGCAUUUGUGAAGGCUGGUCAGCAAAUGAGUGUUGGGAGGAACCAUCGUUGUGGCCAUGUCUUGCACAUAGGACACCCAAUUGACUGGUUGCUAUUAGUUGCCAGAUGAACUCUGGUGUCCACCUUGUUGUGGCAAACCUUGGCAUUGAUCUGUCAUUUCCAUUCUCUCGCCGCUCCAAGCCCAUGUAACCUUCGUGGCCUUUCUUGCAAGCCAUCUAGACAGGAAGAACUAUAAUUCACCAUUGUUGUAUGCACUCGUUUAGGGUUUGUCCCCUUCCCACCUUUGGCAACAUUUAGCACCUUGUAGAUAGAGCCUGCAGCUGCUUCCUUGAAGUUUAUGUGCACUCGGUUCUCGUUAAUGUCUCGUCCAAUCGAAUUUUGUUUCUUUGUAGACAGGUGUGCAUGUAGAUUGAUGUCUGGGCUCUAGAGCUCCUAUAAUAGACUAGAUUGUGGUAGCUCGAACUUUAUUCAAUCUUUAACACAUUCCUUUCAAGUUUAGUUGGGAUUUGUUGCAAUGAUAGUUACGGCCUCAAGGCUCAAGUCAUGGUUUUACGCAACAGAAAGGCAACAGUUCUACGUUAGGUAGGACCACAAGUGCAGCUGUAGAUUAAUUUCUGUAGUCAUUGUAAUGAAGGAAGCUACCUCUGGAUUGAGUUCCAUUCGCAGGUGCAGAUUUUUGGCAAGUUCAUGUGGCAUCCCAAGGUGCAACAGUAAACGUGGCACGCGUGAUAGAUGGCAGCACUAACAGUUGUUAUUUAUUGUAAUACUGUUUGGUGUGCCUAUAUUCGAAAGGCACACAGAACAUGUGAUGAUAGCACGCGUUUAACCUGUAGGCGAUUUUAUAAUAAAUGACAGUUGUCAGUGGUGCCUUUCUCACUGGCUUUGUUUAUCAGUGUCAACUCAUAUAAGGAGCAAGGUCUUGACUGCUUUCGAGGGUUCCAUGCUGUUUUUUUUUGCCAUUCCUGGGCCUGUGAGGCGUUCAUAUUGUGAAACCUGUGUUGUUGUAUGAUACGCUGAAUGUUAACUUAGUCUGUUAAGUUGUGUGCUUGGUAAGAUUGUUUAGUGUGUUCAUAGAUUACCGUAUCUGUUGUCGUCCCAGUCUCGGCUGUAUACGUUUCGUACCUGUAUCCACCAAGCAACAUUCCGGCUUGUGCUUUAUGGCACAUGAUUUCUGUAGUGUUUGUGUGCGUUUUCAUUUCAUUAGCUCCUGCAGUGCAGAGUAGUUCAUUUUUGUUCAACAUUUUAUGUAUUUAUUUCGCAGUAAUAGUAUCAAUAAAUAUUGUUGGUCCCACGUG